AUGAUUUUCCUUAGAACCAAUUAUAAGGUAUGGGCAUUAUCAACUCUUAAUCCAAACCGUUCUCGGAAUUGUCCAAUACUAUCUGAAAAAGAAAUGAGAAAGCUUAAUCGUGGAUAUAUCAAAGAAUUUGUUGAUACAAACAAUAAAAUUGUUGUUACAUCCUGGUUUGAUAACAAACGUGUACUUACCUUGUCUAAUUAUAUUGGAAAAAACCCAGUAGGUACAUGUAAACGUUAUGAUGCCAAACAGAAAAAAAAAAUUGAAGUAAAGAGACCUGCUUGCAUUCAGAUAUAUAAUAAAUUUAUGGGUGGUGUAGAUAAGGCAGAUAUGCUUCUUUCUCUUUAUUGCACUCGCUAUAGAUCUAAAAAAUGGUAUCACAGGUUAGCUUUCCACCUUUUCAGUCAAGCUGCAGUCAAUUCUUGGAUUGUUUAUAGUGAAAUAGGUGGUAAUAAACCUUUGGUUGAUUUUUUGGCUGAUAUUUGCAUAUCAAUGAUCAUGAAUGAAUCAACCUCAAUGAAAAAUUAUGAAAAUGCAUUGCCUGGUUCCCGAUCUAUGAGAGCAGUUGAUAUACCAAAAGAUGUUCGUCUUGAUAAACAUAACCAUUGGCCUGUUCUCCUAGAUGUUAAAAACUCUCAACGUUGUAAAUAUGAAUCAUGUAUCAAAAAGACUAAGUAUCAAUGUUCAAAGUGCAAAAUAUAUCUUUGUGUUGCAAAUAAUAAAUGUUUUCUAGCAUUUCAUGGUGUAGAAUAA